UUCUGACUGGAGAGAAGGAAGAGAGAGGACGCCAGGUAUAAGAGCUCCCAGUCUCUUUUGAGGAAGUGGCCGAAUAUUUGACCAAGGAGGUUUGGGAUCUCCUGGAUCAGGCCCACAGGGUUCUAGACAAAGACAUUUGAAUUGAAGAUGAUGUGCAAUAAGCAUUUUUUUUCAUCUUUAAUGGAUAGAGAAAUCUGUGGAUGAUGCAGUGAAAUUGACCAAAGGACACUUUUGGCUGAGAGGAUCUCCAGCGACAGCCUCGGUUUCUGUGUUCGGCCUCCUAAUUGGAUCUUCUUUCUCAAGCAGGUAAAGAGCAGCGGAAGGUGAAUUUUGAGGAGUCAUUGGAAACAGCCAAGGUUGUUGUGGACAAGAAACGGACUGAGAGGGCAAAAGGGAAACCAAGGAAAAAACAGGAAGAAGAACUUUUUUGCUUCUCAGAAGACUAUUGGUGAACCUCUUAGCUUCCAUCCCCAGAAGUCUACAAAGAAUAAGUUGUCCUGUCUCUGGAAACAUAUUUCAAUAUAAAUGACAUUGAAACGUACAUUGGAGAUUCCAUGCAAGAUAGAAACCACAUGAAAACAUGCAAAGUGGAAAGAACGACAGUGGAGCUGAAGGUCUUCAUGCACAUCAAAUGUCCAACAUGCAGGAGAAACCAUACAAAUGUGUGACAUGUGGAAAGGGCUUCAGUCAGAAAAAAUAUCUUGACGCGCAUCAAAAAACCCAUGAGAAACAAUACAAAUGCAUGGACUGUGGGAAAGGCUUCACUAAUGUUCACCAACUACAUUCGCAUCAAAGUAUCCACACAGGGGAGAAGCCACAUGAGUGCAUUAAAUGUGGGAAAACCUUCUCUCAUAAGAACUCAUUAAAUGUACAUCUAAGAACCCACACAGGGGAGAAACCAUACAAAUGUACAGAGUGUGGAAAGUGCUUUGCUGAAAGUUCACAACUGUGUCGCCAUCAGAGAACCCACACAGGGGAGAAACCAUACAAAUGUACGGAAUGUGGGAAGAGCUUUGCUCAAAGUUCAAAAUUGCGUUCACAUGAAAGAACCCAUACAGGGGAGAAACCAUAUCCAUGCAUGGAAUGUGGGAAGAGCUUUAGACAGUCGUCAGAUUUACAUGCACAUGAAAGAACACACACGGGGGAGAAACCCUAUAAAUGCAUGGAAUGUGGGAAGAGCUUCUCUAAUGCUGGAAAUCUGCAGUCCCAUCAAAAGAUCCAUUCAGAGGAGAAACCCUAUGAAUGCAUGGAAUGUGGGAAGACAUUUAGACAUCGGGCACAAUUACAGACACAUGAAAAAACCCACACAGGGGAGAAACCAUAUCAGUGCAUGGAAUGUGGGAAGAGUUUCUCUAAUACUGGAAGUCUGCGGACCCAUCAAAAUAUCCAUUCAGAGGAGAAACCGUAUGAAUGCAUGGAAUGUGGGAAGAGCUUUAGACUUCGGGUACAGUUACAGAGACACGAAAGAACGCACACAGGGGAGAAACCAUAUCAAUGCAUGGAAUGUGGGAGGAGCUUUUGUUGGCCGUCAAAUUUACGCAGACAUAAAAGAACACACACAGGGGAGAAACCAUACAAAUGCAUGGACUGUGGAAAGAGCUUCUCUGAUUACGGAGGUCUAUGGUCCCAUAAAAAGAUCCAUGGAAAGGAGAAACAAUAUAAAUGCAUGGAAUGUGGAAAGACAUUUCGUUUCAGUGCCAAUCUCAGUAUCCAUCAGAGAACCCACACGGGAGAGAAGCCAUAUAAAUGCAUGGAAUGUGGGAAGAGCUUCUCUCAAAAUUUAAGUCUGCGUACCCAUCAAACAAUGCACACAGCUGAGAAAUCGUACAAAUGCACGGAAUGCGGAAAGAGUUUCAGACAGAGAGCUCAUCUACGUACCCAUCUGAGAACCCAUACUGGGGAGAAACGAUAUGAAUGCAUGGAAUGUGGAAAGAAAUUCACUAGUAGUAGUACAUGUACUGUCCAUCAACGAACUCAUACAGGGGGAAAGCCAUAUACAUGCAUGGAAUGUGGAAAGAGCUUUAAUCAAUCGUCAAUUUUAAAGAGACAUGAAAAAACACACACGGGGGAGAAACCAUAUAAAUGCAAGGAAUGCGGGAAGAGCUUCUCUAAUAAUUCAGGUCUGCGUAACCAUCAAACAAUUCACACAGCUAAGAAAUCGUACAAAUGCACGGAAUGUGGAAAGACUUUCAGACAGGGAGCUCAUCUACGUACCCAUCAGAGAACCCAUACAGGGGAGAAGCCAUAUCCAUGCCUGGAAUGUGGAAAGAGCUUCGGGUACAGCAGUCAUCUGCGUGUCCAUCAAAGGAUCCACACAGGGGAGAAACCGUAUAAAUGUGUGGAAUGUGGGAAGGCUUUCAGACAGGCAGAUGCUUUACGUCGACAUCAAAGAGCCCACAUAGGGGAGUAACCAUGUAAAUGCAUGGAAUGUGGAAUAUCAUCACUCAUGGUUACAUUUACAACAAUUUAAUAGCAAGUUUUUUUAAUCUUCUCAAAUAAACUAGAAGAUUUUUGAGCAAAUUCUUUAGAAUCAUAGAAUCAAAGAGUUGGAAGAGACCUCCUGGGCCAUCCAGUCCAACCCCCUGCCAAGAAGCAGGAAUAUUGCAUUCAAAUCACCCCUGACAGAUGGCCAUCCAGCCUCUGCUUAAAAGCUUCCAAAGAAGGAGCCUCCACCACACUCCGGGGCAGAGAGUUCCACUGCUGAACGGCUCUCACAGUCAGGAAGUUCUUCCUAAUGAAGUUCUUCCUUUAGCUAAGAAACCGCUCCCUUUUCUGGAUUGCAGCAACAAGACUGCUCUGUAACUGUUGGAGGGGAGAGUGCACCUGGAGUUUAAAAACACUGGGUUGUUGUAGGUUUUUUCGGGCUAUAUGGCCAUGUUCUAGAGGCAUUCUCUCCUGACGUUUCACCUGCAUCUGUGGCAAGCAUCCUGACAACAACCCAGAGAUUCCGGCCAUGAAAGCCUUCAACAACACAUUGAACAUCUCUACGGGGAGAAACUGUUCCAAGACACACAAAAACUAAGGACCAGGAAAGCACAUCUACUGUGCUUCCUGACUUUCCUUCUAUGCUGCGGAGACACAGAUACCAUCCCACAAUUUCUCGCAGCCAAAAGGACUUUCAAAAUGCCACAGGCUCACCGGAUCUUUGACCGCCUAGAACGCAACCACUUACGAGAGAGAAUUCACACCAUCCUCAAAGAACUUGCAAACACAGACAAGGAACAGCACCUCCAUAGCAACAUCAGCCAGAAGAUGAAUUCCCAGGACUGGGACAAAAUAGACAACCUCUUCACAACCUCUGAGGAUGCUUGCCAUAGAUG